AUGGCUGGCAUAGAAGGGAUGGUCGUCUCGGCGGUCGUGAAGCAGGCCAUCCGGGGUCUCGCGGCGGCCGCCGGGAGCCCGAUGGCAAAGCUGUGGGGGAGCUGCAAGAAAGACCUGGAGGAGAUGCGGGGUACCCUUACUCUGCUUGAGGCCGCCCUAAGGGACGCCGAGCGACGGUCCGGGGCCGAGGAGGCGGUGCGCGUGUGGCUGCGGCAGCUCAAGGCCGUCGCGCGCGAAAUCUCCGCAGCUCUCGACAAAGCCCCGCCGUCGCCGUGGAAGGUUUUUGCAAAACUUAGUUUAGUUAACAAGAUAGACGAGCUUAAGAAGAAGCUAAAGUCACUGGAAGAGAACCGCUGUAUGUUGGGGUUCAGUUUGCAUAAUAACGGAAGCAUUGAGGACGUGAUAGCGAAGAGGGAAACAGUAGCAUGUAUGGACGAUGGAUUCACUGUCAUUGGACGAUCAGGAGAGAAUGAUGAGAUGAUAAGGCUUCUAUUAGGGUCUGAAGAAAACCUGGCUAUUAUUUCUAUUGUUGGCCUUGGAGGCAUAGGUAAGACCACUUUAGCAAAAUUGGUCUUCAAUGACAGCAGAAUGCAAGAUUUUGACAGGAAGGCAUGGAUCCAUGUCUCCCAAAGGUUUGAUUUGGGAAGAAUAGGAAAAGCUGUUAUAUCACAAUUUGAAGGUACUGCUGCUACCUUUGAUGAUCUGCAGUCUCUGUAUAAUCAGAUAGAAAACCUUUGUAGCGGCAAAAGGUGCUUAGUUGUGUUGGAUGACCUGUGGGAGAGUAACAUUGAGAUGUUGCACAAACUGAAACUGUUGCUAAGAUGUGGAAAGAAUGGGAGUUUGGUUAAGGUCAUUGUGACAACACGUAAUGAAGAAAUUGCUCAGGAAAUGUCGACGUUUGGCCCAUAUAAAUUGGGACCUUUGUCCGAUGAUAGCUGCUGGACUAUAUUCAGACAAGUUGCUUUCCAACGGACACAUGAAGAAAAUUCGCAUGCACUAGAAGCUGUUGGAAGGGACAUUGCUAAAAAAUGCAAAGGUUUACCCUUGGCAGCUCAUGCUGUUGGAUCCAUGCUUCGCAAUAGGACUGUUGAUUUCUGGAAAGCUACUAGAGAUAACAAUGCUUGGGAUCAAUACUCAUCUCACGAAGAUGUCUUGCCAUCAUUGAGGUUGAGCUAUGACCAUAUGCCAUCUUAUUUAAAACCAUGCUUUGCCUACUGUGCCGUCUUCCAAAAAGGUUCUGCCAUAGACAAGAACAAAUUAAUUCAACAAUGGAUUGCUCUUGGCUUUAUUAAGCCAUCCCUACCAGAUUUGUCUUACAGAGUUCAGGCCGAGGAAUAUUUGAGAGAUAUUUUGGCAACAUCUCUUCUUCAAAAGAAAGCAUCUUCCUUGGUUCAUGUGUAUGCCAAAACUUCACAACAUCUCAUCAUGCAUGACUUAGUGCAUGACUUGGCACGAUCAGUUGCUGGUGAUGAAACACUUUUUCUUGAUUGUACAAAGCCAAACAACUUACUCACUGACAACUGCCAUCAUGCUGUUGUGGUGAGAUAUGAUAAAAGGCUUUCCAAGUCCUUGCCUGCUCAAGUAAGGUCACUACAUUUCAGAGACUCUGGUGGAAUGUGGAAGAAAACUCCCUGCCUCCCUGUUCCUGGUGAUGCAUUCUCAUUAACCAAAAACUUAAAUGUCUUGGAUAUAACGGGAUGUGAUUUGAGGAAGUUGUCAGAUCCAAUUCGUCAGUUAGCCCAUUUGAGGUACCUUGAUGCUUCACUAUUGCCUGACAAAGAUCUUCCCGUGUGGAUUACUAGUCUCCUGAAACUACACUAUUUGAGCAUCCAUGGGUCUUCUAAAAUGUCGAAGUUCCCUGAGUCAAUCAGCAAGCUCAAAGAAUUGACACAUCUGGACUUAUCAUGUUGUGGAAACCUUGCCUACUUACCAGAUAUUUUCUCCAACCUUACAAAUCUCUCUUUAUUGAACCUAGCAGAUUGUACUAGCCUUUCUGCAUUACCUAAUUCCAUAUGUGACCUUGUGAAUUUAGAGAUCCUAAACCUUUCAGGUUGUGUCCUGGAAGAAUUACCUCAAACUAUGGGAAAUCUGCACAAGCUACGGCUACUGCACCUAUCCAGAUGUUCAAAGCUUCGCUUCUUGCCUGAUUCCAUCAGUAAUCUUGUGUCCUUAGACAAGUUAGACCUAUCGUAUUGUUCUGUUUUGCAAGAGCUACCAAAAUCCUUUGGUGACCUUGAGGAACUAAGGUUUUUGGAAUUAUCACACUGUUCAAGUCUUGUAAGAUUACCUAAUUCAGUUGGUAAUCUCACAAAAUUGCAGCAUCUGAACUUAGAAGGCUUCAUAUGUUCCACAUCAUUGCACCCCACCGAUCUACUCUCCUACUUUAACAUGCUAUUUCGAGUCCUAUGUAAACUAUCCAACCUUGAAUACUUAAACUUGUCAGCAUGUCCUGUUUCUACUCUUUCUGAAUCUCUUGGCAAUCUCAAAAUGCUCCGCACAUUAGACAUCUCGCGUUGCAUUUCUCUAAGAAAAUUACCUCAAACCAUUCUCAAGUUACCAAAUCUUGAGUCUUUAGUUGGAGUAAAUCAUGGAGAGCUUGAGAUAAAAUUUCUUGAAAAUGUCGCAAGUUUAGAAGAAGUGAAGAAAGUCAACUUGGCAUUUAAGUCAAGGCUCUCCAAAUUGUUUCUAUCUUGGACUGGCAGUGUUAACGACCAUCUUUUGGAUGACGAAUCUUUGCUCAGGGAGCUUGUACCCCCAACCACUUUGGAGCAGUUUAUUCUCCAAGGCUACAUGGGUAUCAGAUUUCCUAGUUGGACUGGCUCUGCUACAUAUCUUGCAAAUCUUUCCCGAAUUGAGCUGCUAAAUUUGCCAAGAUGCACACAGCUACCAUCACUUGGUCAGUUGCCUAACUUACAAGAAUUGUCCCUCCGAGCACUGCAAAACAUCAAUAAGUUGGAUGAGGAUUUCUGUGGUGGCAGUCCAGCAUUUUCAAAGUUAACAAAAUUUACUGUCCAGGACAUGAACAAUCUAGAAAUAUGGAACACUACAGUAUCAAUACCCCAUGAUGAUACUAGGGGAAACUUCAUGUUCCCCAACCUUCACAAGUUGUUGAUACAUGGAUGCAACAAGCUGAGGGUGAAACCAUGCCCACCUGCUACCGUGGAAUGGGUCAUAGAGGCUAAUGACUUAAUUGUAUCAUCAUGGACUGUGGGAGGGCGUGCGAGGAUUUGCUUCAGUCCAGCAGUAACUUGUUUAGAAAUCUCAGAUUGCCAUGUCCAUCCUGACGAUUGGAGGUUGCUCAACCAUCUACCCGGCCUUCGCAAGCUGAGGAUCCGCAUGUGCAAUAAGCUGACAAGCCUACCAGCAAGUGCUGAAGGCCUCACCUCCCUUCACUCUCUACUUGUUUUUGCAUGCCAUGGAUUGACAGAACUGCCGGAAUGGCUAGGCAGUCUCACCUCGCUCCAAGAACUGGAAAUCAACUACUGCCCGAAGCUCAAGUCCUUGCAGCAGAGCAUGAGGCACCUUGCCUCCCUCAGAUUGCUGCACCUAGGUCACUGCGACGGCAUGUCGGAGCUGCCAGAGUGGUUGGGUGACCUCACCUCUCUUCGGAGACUUGACAUCUGGGGAUGCCAGAGAAUCAAGAGUUUGCCACAGUGCGUGCAGCACCUCGCGAUGCUGAAGGAGGUACAAAUCAAGCAUAACCCUGAACUGAAGCAGUGGUGUGAAUUCUUUUUAGAAGGAAAAGAAAUAGUCUGA